UUUUGGCGUUCAAUUUGAUUCUAAGUCUCGUCGCGUGUGCAUGGACUUGGUUCUUUGAGUUCUCGACAUUAUCGCUAUGGUGCUGCUGAGAGUGAUCAAGUAUCUAGUGGGCUGCGUGGUGCGCGUCUGCAACGAGUUGUCCCAGAACAUGAGUUCGCUGAACAAAAUGUUCAAGUACCAUUUGCUGGAGGUCAGCUAGAGUUCCCAUGGAAGCCAAUAUUUUCCCCUUUCCAAAUGUAUAUAUAUAUAGUUUUCUGUCCCUGUCGAGCAAGUUUGUUGCUCAAGUCUUUUGUUAUGUGAUCCAAUAAAACGUAUUCCAUCCACUCAAA